AGACAACAUCAACAUCCCGAAAGGCCAAUACAUCGCGGAGGCCAUCCCAAGGGCAAUCGCGGAGUCCAGAUUCUCCGUCGUCGUUUUGUCCAAGGGCUACGCGCCUACGCCUCUUCCACGUGGUGCUUGGACGAGCUGGCUCAGAUAGUUGAUCAUCAGAGCGGUGAUGACCGUGCCUUGCCGGUCUUUUACCAUUUGUCCCCCUCCGGUGUCUCGGAUCUCUCUUCCGGCUGCUACAAGCGCGACUUGGACCGCCACAAGGAAAAGUUCACGUACGUCAGGGUCAAUCGCUGGCGACUUGCUCUCAAGUCCAUCGCCGACAUUGCCGGCUGGGUUCUUUCCGACCAUCAGUACGUACUCGUACUACUCACUACAAAAAAAUGA